AUGGAUCGCCCAGGCCGCUAUAAUGUCGAACGGUCCUGCCUGCGCUGCCACCAGCGCAAGAUCCGUUGCAAUAAAGGCUCUCCCUGUGGGUCUUGCGUACGAGCAAAUACUGCCUGUCAGUAUCCAGGUCCAAAUCGCGUCAAGCGUCGGGCCUCAAAGAUCACACACGCUGAUGUCAUGGCCCGACUGGAAUCUCUCGAGCGCUCAAUCUCGGCUUUGUUGGGAGAUCGAUCGCAUCAUGUCAAUCGCGAAGCAAAUAGAACAAAGUCUCCUGCACCAGCUGCGGAAAGCCCGCCCAGUAAUGCAGUGUCCCCGACGGAUAUAACGGACCAGUCUGCACACGACGGUCUCUUGGUCGAUGAUGGCCGGUAUAUCAACGAACAACUUUUGUCUCGGGUCCUAGAAAACGAAAAGGAUCUUCAGUCUGCUACUAAUACGCCUCGGAGCGAUGAAAUUGGCUUCAGACGGCCACCUGCUCUUAAAGCGGAAGGUCUCCUUAUCAAUCUUUUCGUGGAAGUAGGCGAUCUUCAAUCUCUGCAUCCGGGUCAGUGGCAAGCGACACAGCUUUGGCAGGACUUUUUGAACCAUAUCGACCCGGUCAUCAAGUUACUUCACGCUCCCUCGACGCAGCCGCGCAUAUUUGCGGCCAUUAACCGGCCACAGGACGCGCCCUCGGACCUGCAUGCCCUGCUUUUCGCCAUCUACUUGGCUGCCGCAACGCGCAUGCUCGCCGAAGAUCCAACGAAUGAGCAGAAAGCCUUGGAAGCUUGUCGAUAUCAGAAGGGACUGGAGCUUGCUCUCUAUCACUCUAACUUUUUUGAGUCACCCACGCUGACAUCUUUGCAAGCGAUAAGUAUUUACCAGACGUGUCUGCGUUACUACAACAGCGGGCGCGCAGGAUGGACGUUGCGAGGGCUGGUUAUUCGGGCAGCACAGUCUAUUGGGAUCCACCGUGACGGGAAACAUUUCAAACUGACGCCGCUGGAAUGUGAGCUACGUCGACGACUGUGGUGGCACUUAUGCAGCGCUGAUAGCCGCGCGGUGGAGGACCAUGGCGUCGGAGUCACUGGUGGAAGGGAAUUCAGCGAUACCGCUUUCCCUGCAAACAUCGACGACCAGAAUUUGUCUGCCACCGCGACGGUGCCACCGGAGUCCCAGGCGUGUUGGACAGAGAUGACACUAUCCCUGAUCACGACGAUCGCAAACCAAAAGCGGCUGGAGUUGCACUGCGCACUGACGAGUAAUGUCCCCAAGAAGCGCCCUGCUGAAAUAGUCCAGGACGUAAAGACCCACAUUCACGAUACAUAUAUGCGACACGGCGACCCUAAUAUCCCGAUCCAGCGGUACGGAAUGCUGCUGGGAGAGAUUCUAGUGCUUAAGAUGGAGAUGUACGUGCACCAAAAGACCCUCCAGACACAGAGCACGGCUGUGCCAGUCACGGAGCGUCGCGAGAUGCAAGCAAGAACCCUAGAUGUAGCCUGUCAGGCGCUGGAACAGACCAAUGAGUUGUUCACUGAUGAGCUUCUGCGUGGGUAUCGCUGGCUCUCCUCCACGUAUAUGCCGUAUUUCAUCCUCACAUACAUGCUCUGGCAUCUCUGCGUGUACCCGAUGGGAUUGCACGUUGAACGCGCAUGGCGGGGAGUCAAUCUAGUCUUCGAGAUGACCAAGGAUCCAUCGUGGCCAUCUCCAGGGCCCAAGUGGGCGAUCAUCACACGACUACGUGACAAGGCGUUGCAUAUUCGACGUACGCAGAUGGCUGCGGAGCAGGCCACGCAGUCAGUCGAAACUCCAGCAAUAGGUGCGGAUCAAGGGGGGUCGGCAGUCGAAUCAUUCUUCGACUUUGUGAAUUGGGAUAUGGGCAUGAUUGGGUUUCCAGAUUGGACAGGGUUAACGCAGAGUGUCGAUAUAACGGGCUUUGAGCAUUUGCUAGAUAGUGAGUUGUGA